UUCAGAGGCAAGUGUCAUAGUCGUAGCUCGAAACCGUCGUCUAGUUUCACACGCCCACAUCUUCCCCCUACCUCUUCCUCUCAUAAAUUCCUCUCAUUCUUCUCAAUUUCCUCACUUUUCACCCUAAUUUGAGGCCUCGCUUGAAUCUCUCUUCUUUUACCACCUUCAUCUUCUUCUCUCUGGUGAUCUUGAUGGGUUUCUUGAUUUGUCUGGUUCAUUAGCCAAAUCCCAUUACGCAGAAUCCACCUCCUGUGAAACCCAGUUGAUUCAUGGUGUUCCAUUCAGUACCCAAAUCUGAAAUAGUUCCUCCUCCUCCUCCUCCAACAUCCAUCUGCGAAUCGCCGUCCAUGGCUUCAACCUUCUCCCCUGCUAAGUCUCACCAGCCUCUUCACAAUUUUCCUCUCUCCAACUUGAAGUGGUCGAUGAAUCAAUCCAAUACACAGCGCCUUCGCAGGCCUCUUGAUCCCUCUCAUCUAUCGCCUUCGCGUCAUUCUGAUCAGGAUCACAAUCGUUCUGCCCGAAAGAAUGACAACAGGCUCAUCAAGUUGUCCUAACCGUCCUCCAAACUCCUCUGGAUCGGGCAAUUCUGGUCGCGAUGAUUUGAAAACUGUAUCUGCUAGCGAGAUUCGAGCUCUGAAUUUGGUUGAAAGUUCAGAUAAGAAGCUGAAACUGAAAAAGGAGGAGAAAGUGAAGGCAUCGGACUUGCAUCAAACUGGACUUAUCCGAGCACCAGCGAGGAGCAAGGCUGAUACUGACGCCGAAGAUGAUGCCGAAUGGGCAGAUGACGAUGAAGAACCUGUAGCGAAGACAUGGAAUCUGAGGCCGAGACGGCCAGUGACUAAACCUCAGAGUGCCAGUGGAGCGCCGCCGCAGGAGAAUAAACCCUCGCCGCUUGCGCACACUCAGCCGGAAUCGACUGUCACUGAGCACAAAGUUGCAAAGAAAAAGCGCAAACUUUCAGUAUCUCUUUCAAAGGUGGAAAUUGAGGACGAUUUCCUGAUCUUGACUGGGUCAAAGCCCCCCAGGCGGCCGAAGAAGAGAGCGAAGGGAGUGCAGAAACUGCUUGAUGGACUUUUUCCGGGUCUGUGGUUAACGUCGGUGACUCCUGAUAUGUAUCGAGUUCCUGAUGCUCCUCUUAAGGGUUAAACUUUUCUAGUGCUGGUUCUGACCUUCUGGGAUAUAGGAUGUUCUUUUGGUUUCUGACUUCUUCUGACUUUGGAACAUUUUGUUUUUUGGCCGUCAGCAGAAGGUAUAAAAUACCAUAUACCAACAGAUCAUAAGAAGAUGGAUAACAAAUGUAUCUGUUUUUGGGCCUCAUCUGUUGACUGAGGCAUCCAAUAAAUGUUAGAAGAGCUAUAACAGUAAAGGGUUAUGUGUAGUCAGAGAUGUACAUAUGAGUUAUUUUGUUUUCAGUUUCUUUCUAGAGAAGAAUUGUGGCAAUAUCGGUUAUAUUUAUAUUUUCUUUUCCCCCAACUCAUAAUCAUUGUUCUACAGCUUACUUUUAAAUCGCAAGCAUAUGGCAAUUGGUUUCCAGUGUCAUCGGAGUGAGGGAGAGUUCAUGUAUGAAACGUUAAUGGUGAUAUAGUGAUGCAUUCAUCACUUCAAACUAAA